CGGCAAGCCCUCGGGGGAAGUGACGUUGCCGGCGCCCUUCAGUGUGGAAGGAGGAUGGCGUCCGCUACUCGGUUCAUCCAGAAGUUACGGAACUGGACCUCUGGGCAAGACUUGCAGGCAAAGUUGCAGCUGCGUUACCAGGAGAUCGCCAAGCGAACUCAGCCUCCUCCCAGACUCCCUGUGGGCCCCAGCCACAAGCUCUCCAACAAUUACUACUGCACUCGUGAUGGCCGCCGGGAAGCCAUACCACCCUCGGUCGUCAUGUCCUCACAGAAGGCCCUGGAGUCGGGCAAGCCAGCAGAGAGCUCAGCUGUGGCAGCCACUGAGAAGAAGGCAGUGACACCAGCUCCUCCCCUGCAGAGGUGGGAGCUGUCCCAAGACCAGCCUUACCUGUGACACUGCUCUGGACCACCUGACUGUGCCCCCAGAGCCACCUGAAUGCUUCCCCUCCUUGUCUUCCCUCUUGGGAGAAUGUGACCUAACUUAUGACAAAUAUAUCGUGCUCUCCAGUA